ACUGCAGCAGCGAAAACCUGACACAGACUCGCGUGUGCAAGAGUUGGAGCAAAAACUACAGACGAAAGCAGCGGAUUACGACUUACUCGCACGAAAUCUUAAGAUGCGGAUAAACGUCGCGGAAAAUGAAGCUAAAAACCUCCAGUUGGAGGCUAAUACUUUAGAGAAGAGUUUGAAGGAUGAGAAGGAGAAAAAUAAGCAGCUGCAUCACCGCAACAACCUUCAAGUAGAUGCCCUGGAGCGUCAUUUGAGAGAGGAAACCGAGAGGCAUAGAAUCACUCAGGCCAGCUUCGAGAAGCUUAGGUCUAAGGUGAAGGCUAACCUGGAGUCUCAGGUUCAACGUCUGCAGGAAGGUGAAGUCAUUCUGAAGGAAGAACAAGCUGUUCUCUUAUCUGAAGUCCAGACACUAAAGGGAGAAAACGAAGGCCUUAGCAGAAGGCUUCGUGAGCAGGAGCGUCAGCAUGCAGAGCUUCUCGAGCAUGAAGUGAAGGCUGCUGAAGCCAGAGUGAAGACCCGACUUGAGAAGUCAUGGUUGGAGAAGCUCAAGCGCACUGAAGAGAAUGCAGCUCUAGACAUGGAGAGGUCAAAGGAUGCGCAUCGUCGCGUCGAGUCUGACCUCAGGAAGGAGGUCACCAUGGCACAGAAGAAUGAGGUCGAGGCGAAGAGGCUUAAUGAGGAACUCAAGAAGAAGGUUCGUCAGCUGAGGCAGUCAGAGUCUGAACUUCAGCAGCGACUCACAGCCGCUGAGUCCGCUGACAUCAAGCGGGAGCGAAGCGUCAGUAGAAGCAGCAGCAGCGCUGUCGUCA